CCCAUACCCACUCGCUCACUCGCAUCACCGUCCCAAACUCCAGCAACAUGGUCGCAGCAUCCACCUGGCAGACGCUCGGACUCGGCGUGGCGACCUACUACGUCGCGACGGGCACCGUGGCCUUCUUCUCGCCGGCCGCGAGCGCCGACCGGCUGUUCGCGCUCGGCUCGAGCGCGCUCGCGCAGAACCCAGACAAGUUCCCCAACAACGCCCAGAGCCGCGAGGACAAGGCCGUCGGCGUGGCUGGCAGCCUCGUGGCCGCGCGUAACCUCGCGCUCGCGACCGCCGCUAUCGCGCUGUACCGCGACGGCAACUUCCGCGCCAUGGGCACCGUCCUCCUGAGCGCUAGCGCGUUCAUCGGUCUCCUUGAUGGUGUGGAGAUCUACAAGCGCCGCGGCCCUGCUUUGGCUGGCGGCGCCGCGGCGCUCUUCUCUCUGUGGUCGUACAUCGGCUACGCGCUCCAGGAGGGGUUCAACAGCUAGGCUUGAGGAUUGGGACGGGCAGAGGUUUAAGUAAGAAGAUGACAGAAUGGAACAGAUAUGGCAUGUUG